CUCUCUCUCUCUCUCUCUCUCUCUCUCUCUCUCUCUCUCUCUCUCGUUGGGAAUGAAUCAAUUUGGCUGCCUAUUAACAAGCAGGAAUUAAUGGUUUGAAUGUUUUUGUUCACCUUCUUCUCUCUGCGUUGUUUUGAUGUUUGCCUUGCAUCAAACUCGGUUUUAGGGUUGGCAACUUAUCAUGGCUUCGGUUCUCAUGCAUGGUUCGCCAUUGGUUUUUCAAAUUUUCAUGUAGCAACAUGCAUGGAGAGAGGGAGCGCAGGAGACAGAAAUCAAGAGAAGGAGGACGAGGCGGUGGUUGCGGCGGCGGCGGCGGCGGCGGCAGAGGCCGGCAACGGCAGCCAGGAAGACGAGGCGGUGGUUGCGGCGGCGGCGGCGGCAGAGGCUGGCAACGGCAGCCAGCUGGUGAUGCCUGAAGACGGCUACGAGUGGAAGAAGUACGGACAGAAGUUCAUCAAGAACAUCCAGAAAAUCAGGAGCUACUUCCGGUGCCGGCACAGGCUGUGCGGAGCCAAGAAGAAGGUGGAGUGGCACCCGAGCGACCCCAGCGGGGCCCUCCGCGUCGUCUACGAGGGCGCGCACCAGCACGGCUCCCCGCCGUCGUCGUCAGCGGCGGCCGCCGGCGGCGCCUCCAACAAGUACGAGCUGGGCGCGCAGUACUUCGGCGGGGCUCGGCCGCAGUGACCCAGGAACGCUCGAUGUACGUGAGCGCUCGAUGUACGUGAGCGUUGGGAUGGGGAAGAAAGGCCGGCGGCGGCGGCAUGGAUCUGGCCGGUCCUGCUCCUGCAUCUAUCUCUUUCACUGUGCACCGGACGGCAGCGGCAGGUGGCCGGCGGUGGCCUUCAGGUGGCGGUGCCGGUGCCGGUUGACGCCUUGCGCCGGUGCAAUGUGAUGUUGAGUGUGGGGAAUAGUUAUUGCUAGUCCAGUCAACUCUGCGGUCUAGUACCUGUAGACUAUAGUGCAGUAUGCCAGUAUGCACGAAAUAAGAGUAUACUUAGAAGUUAGAACUCUGAUGGUCUCUAGGUUUGUUCGCAUGUGUCGUCUAAAUUCCUGAACUUCAUGUCUCUAAA